AUGGCUAGUUCCCUUGACGCUUCAACGCCGGUCUACCCCCUCUACAUUUCUGGUGUCAUCGUCGACUUCAGUAACUCGAAAAAGAAUGAAAAGGCUUUGCGACAGACAUUUUCUCCACCCAUGAAACUUUCUCCUGGGGAUACGUUUUCCUUACACAUACGAUACAAGAGAUGGUAUGGAACCGAGCAUGAAGACAUUGUUUUCGACCCGGAAGACAUGUUCCGUGCCGAGCAACUUUUCUCUUCUUCCGACGAAACCCUGGAGCUCCAGCCUACUACCGACGAAAUAUUCCGGAAGUGUCCUCAGUUCCGAAUUCUGGUGAUAGGAAAGACUGGCGUUGGCAAGUCUUCACUGAUCAACCGCGCAUUUGGAGUACAAAACGCGACCGCUUCGCACGAUAAGCCAGGCGAGGUCAGUAUAGACCACGAGUUCAUCUCAUCGCAGAACAACAAGUUUGUUCUCCACGACAGCAAAGGUUUCGAACCAGGGGAAAAAGACAACCUCAAAAUAGUCCGAGAUUUCAUUGACCGUCGAAGAAAAAUGCCUUAUUUGAAAGAUCAGUUGCAUGCUGUUUGGCUUUGCUUUGAAAUACCCCGCGCAGGCGGGCGUUUACUUGAGACCGGUGUGGAGCAAUUUCUCACAUCGAAGCGCGAGGGGAAGCUGGGAAACAUUCCCAUUGUUGCCGUCUUCACUAAAUACGACACUCUUCUCGACCGCGUGGAGCGAACCCUGGACAAGUCUUCUCUCAAGGGUCUGAGCAAGGCGGACAUUCAGGAACUCGCCAAGAAAAACACAAAAGACAAGCUACAGGAGGUCUGCGUCGCACCCCUAGAGAACUUUGCAGGGUUCCGAUAUCCCGCAUGUUGCGGUCUCCAGUGGGUCUUACUCCCUGUGGUUGUCAUUCCGUCCUCAAUGAAACUUUGA